AUGGGCGUAGGUUUGCCAUUCACCCCGUCCAGGGCCUUAUUAUCACUCUUGGUCGCAUUCUUCGUAUUCUACUGCCUUUUCAGCGAAAUAUCAGGCCCCAGCAUUCAAUUCAUCCCCAGCAGCUAUGACUGGAGCAAACACACUCUCCGGUAUCCAUCGACCAUCAGCAGCAUGGCCAAACCCCCACGAGGAUCACCAGUCAAUUUACCACGUAUCCAACACGACUUCUCCAAUCCGGAAUUGAGGAAACGUGAGCUUGCGACCGCAGAUCAAAGACGAAAAGACAUUGAGCAAGCUUUCAAAAAGACUUGGAAGUCUUAUGAGAAGUAUGCUUGGGGAAGUGAUGAGUUGAAGCCAUUGAGUUUGAAGGGUCGUGAUACUUUUGGUGGGUGGGCUGCGACCAUUUGUGAUAACCUCGACACUUUGUGGAUCAUGGGCAUGAAGCGAGAGUUUUACAGAGCUGUUGACUUUGUGACUCGCAUGGAUUGGGAUAUUCCGACAGCCGAUGGAUUCAAUGUUUUCGAGACCACCAUUCGACAUCUUGGUGGUUUACUCUCAGCAUACGAGCUCAGCGGAGAGAGCGCCUUGCUGGCCAAGGCAAUUGAGCUGGGAGAUCUAUUAUACGGCACUUUCGACAAUUCCGAACAUAUGCCACCGCAUACGAUAAAGUUCAAGACCCUUAAGGAAGGAUUGGGUCAUCCAGAACCACGACAGAGCGCUGCCAGUUUAGGUAGUAUGAGCAUGGAGUUCACCCGUUUGUCGCAACAGACUGGCAACCCCAAGUACUACGACGCCAUCGAUCACAUCACCAAAGCAUUUGAGCGAACACAAAACGAAACCGCCAUUCCAGGACUAUGGCCUCUUCAGAUCAACGCCGAGGACGGGUUCAAGGUUACCGACGAUACUUUUGGCAUGGGCGCUAAUGGCGACUCGCUGUAUGAGUAUCUCAUCAAGGAAUACGUCCUCUUGCAGGGCCUUGAGCCAAAGUACGGCAAGAUGUACCUCACCGCCGCCGACGCUGGAAUUAAGCACUUGAUGUUUCGACCGAUGCUGCCAGAUCAAGAUGACGUUCUCAUGCUUGGAGAAGCAUCGUUCCCUCCUCGAGUCAAAGAAUCGCGGUUGAGUACGGGCGUCGAGCAUUUGACCUGCUUCGCGGGAGGCAUGUACGCCCUUGGCGGCAAAGCUCUUGGGCGAGAUGACCACGUCGUUAUUGGCGAGAAACUCGCCCGUGGUUGCGCAAAAGCCUACGCCGCAUAUCCCAGUGGUCUCAUGCCAGAAAUCGUCCAAGUUGAACGUUGCCCAACACUCGAGCCUUGCGCCUUCGAACCAAAGUACAACAAAGAGCCUCUCGGUUUCCGCGCAAGAGAGGCAUCAUACCUACUUCGACCAGAGACCAUUGAGAGUAUCUUUUAUCUCUACCGUAUCACUGGCAAAGAAGACCUCCGGGACAUUGCGUGGAACAUGUGGACUGCGAUUAGCGCUGCUGCUGAAACGGAUGACGCGUUUGCGGCGGUGGAGGAUGUUGGUGCUGAAGAGAUGAAGCAUAAAGAUUACAUGGAGAGUUUCUGGAUGGCGGAGACGUUGAAGUAUUUUUAUCUGAUCUUUGAGGAUGAGGAGGUUAUUAGUCUGGAUGAGUGGGUGUUUAACACCGAGGCUCAUCCAUUGAGACGCAUGUCGAACUAA